GAAAAUUGUAACGUUGGUGGUUUUCUCACCAGACGUCCACACUGACUGACAUGAAGAUAGAUGAGUGCUGCAGGGAUGGAUCACCUCAACUCCACCCACCGCCUAACCAACCAAUCAGACUUCAGCAGUCUCUUCACCAAGCAGGUCCUACCAUCACUCUACUUUGUGAUCUGCAUCGUGGGUGUUUCCCUCAAUGGUGUGGCCGCCUGGAUCUUCUUCAGAGUGCCCAGUGACUCGGGGCUGGUGGUCUACCUGAAGAACAUGGUGGUGGCUGACCUCCUCAUGUUGUUCUCCUUCCCCUUCAGGGUGGCGGCUCAACUGGGUCUGGGCGGCUGGCGCCUGCAUGUGAUCAUCUGUCGCUACACUGCUGUGCUCUUCUUCUCCUCCAUGUAUGUUGGUAUCUUCUUCAUGGGGCUCAUCAGCCUGGAGCGGUACGUGAAGGUUGUCCGACACACAUCAUCCUCCUCCUGCUCCUGCAUGUCCAGGCUGGGUGGUGUGUCCUUGCUGCACGUCCUGCAGAAUGCCUGCUUCGCCCAGGGGCUGGCGCUCCUCACCUGGAGCCUCUUCCUCCUCUGUUUCCUGCCCAACGCCGUGCUGACCAGCCGCCCAGCUAAUGAGGAGAACUGGCGUCACUGCAAGCAGCUGAAAACGCCGCUGGGGUUGCAGUGGCACAGGGGUUCCAUCAUCUUCAGCAUGGCCCUUUUCUGGGUGACGCUGCUGGUUCUUGUCUUCUGCUACGCCUCCAUCGCCCGCCACAUCUACCAGUCAUACCGCCGUGUGCGCCGUGACAGCAGCAACAUCUGUCGCAAGUCUCACUGUAGCAUCUUCAGCAUCCUGGUGGUGUUCUUCAUCUGCUUUGUGCCGUACCACGUCUGCCGUGUGCCGUACACUCUCAUGCCAGAGUCAGGCUUCAGCCAGACCAGUCGCUACCUGCUGUUCCAGCUGAAGGAGGGGACGCUCUUCCUGUCAGCACUCAACGUCUGCCUCGACCCCAUCAUCUACUUCCUGAUGUGCGGAACCUUCAGAGAGUCACUGCUGAGGAAACUGUCCAGAAAAAGGAGGAUUAGAAGAAUCAAGACCACCGCUGUGACUCUCAGCAAAACUUAGGAGAUGAGAGCGCACUGCAUUCAUCAAAGAAAAAAUAAACUGACCUAAUUAUGACUUUCAUAUCUCACAUUUAUGACUUAGUAUCUCAUAAUUAUGAGCUCAGGUGUUACAGAAUAUUCAGUGACUCAUCAGAUUCUGUGACCUUAUUAGGAAUUUCAGCUAUUUUGCUCCUGCAAACAGAUUUAUUUUAUUUAAUUUGCUGCUUUAUUUAUUACACACAUGUUGAUAGGUGUGUUUGUUCAAAAUUUCAUGUUGACCAGAUGAGGUGUACUAUGGUCACAAUUUACACCUACUUGUCAAAAUAACAAAAUAAUACAGCAUACUUUACUCGUAAUUAUCAUGAGAAAAAUAGUAAAUUAUGACUUAUGUGAUUAAGAGUUAUAAUCACAAAUAAGGCCUCCAUGUCUUUUCUUUAGUGAAUGCGAUGCUCUUCCACAGAGAGAGAGAGAGGAGGUCAGUCUUCUUCACAGUUGAUUCUGCAGCAUCAUGUGUGAAGGUCAGGAUGUGUUUAGUUUAGAGAUAAAUGUUUUAAGUGCUUUUGACAAUUCUUUCGUUAUUUUUGUGUCAUGAUGUGAUAUUUUCUAGACUGAAAUAAAUGCAUAUGUUUGUACAGUAGUAAAUAAAGAGUAAAUAUUAGAGUAGCAUUCACAUAGUUUCAGUUUUAUGUUGUAUUGUUGAACAACCAAUGGACAGGGGAGAAAGGAAAAAGGAAGGGAAAGAAAAAGAAUUUUAACCCACCCAAUUAAAUAGAAAGUGGCCUAAUCUGGCCACACUGAAGCUCUUUAAAACAUGGCUCCAGUGAAGUUUAAUUCAGUUUAUUAUAAAAUACAGUAAUCCUUUCUCAGUGUGGACACCCAGAAAAGAAAUAUUGCUCUAUAAUCUCUCCAGUCUUCAGUCUCUCCACACUGAAAGUAUCAUAGAUUUUUUGAGUAAUAUUUGUUUAAAUGUGAUAUAAAAAGUUAAUAGCACAUUGUUCUGAUCUCCACUACAGAUGCAUGUUUGGUUGUUAUUUGUACAUGCAGCAGAACUGAUGUAUUAAAUGGAGAAUAUAUGAUAUUAGAGGCUCACAGGAAGGUUUAAACGACUGAUUAGUCUCAUUAAAUGAAGCACCCUGUAAAUAACUGUUCAACUUUUUGCUUCUGCACAGGUCAAGACUCAUCAAAU